AUGGGAAUCAAAUCAACUUUAGCAAUACAAACGAACAGGCCUGACAAUGAAGAGAGACAACAAUGGGAAUCAACUUUAGCAAUACAAACGAACAGGCCUGACAUCUGCUCCCACCUUUCUGCUACAGUAGACCUUGACAGUAGACAGCCUUUUGUGCGCAUGUCAAACAAAUUCAAAAUUGGAGGGAAAAUGAAUUUAUUAACUGAAGUGAAGGAAGACGUUAACCUCUGUUUUGUGUGUCAGUCAAACGUGAAAAGGUCAGCGAUCGAUGAUCUAAAAUUGAAUCGCGCAAAAAAAGUUUUAGUGCUCGAUAAUGAUCCUGGAUUUGAUAAGCAAACAGUUGAAUCUGAAAAUGUGAGUGCCUUAUGCUCCUCAUCAGUUGCUUUCACCAAAGAUGAAUUUUCCUCUGGCUCAAACGACAAGUUUCAAAAUAAGGAGAAGAGCAGAAUAAUCCUCUCAGUUGGGAAAACUCUGGAGCAAAAUAAAAUGCAAAAAUCUGGGACUAAAAAAUCAGCUCCAAAAACUAAACUUGCCAAGAACUCCAACUACAAUAUGGACAUACAACAGUUACUUAGUAACAUGGGGAAAGGAAAUGAUAGUUCUAUUUUACCUAAAAGUGAAGAUAUUUCAAGUACUACACAUAUUAUUGAGAGACAUGUAACACCUCCAAAUACUCCUAACAAAGUAUCAAAUGCAUUGGAUAAGGUGAAAGAGAAACCAGAUGGGCCUUCUAUCAAAGAAAUCAAGAAAAAAAUGACUAGAAGUGCUCGAUUAGCUGACUUGAAGGCUUCUAUCAGUAGAUUCCAAAGUAAUGCUGAUAAACUUGUGCAAGUGGAGAAAAAGACAUCCCAAAUUCCAGAAUCACCUAAACUGAGAAAUUUCAAAACCAUUGAAUUGGAAGUACAAACUAGCCCUCAAAAGGUGUUUUCACCUGACAAAUCAUACCUGAGCCCGAGAAAAGACAGUAGCGCCCGCAGAAAUCUGAUCCACUUGUUGAGCCCCACCAAAAACACGUUGGCAACGUUGCCAGACAGCCCUUCGAAAAAGAUCCUGCUGGAAACUGCCAAACCCGCUUUGACUCUGCCCUACCGAUACCGAUAUUUGGCCGAGAUUUUCCGUUGCAUAGACGUGGUCAGUCAGAUAUUGUAUAACAGAAAGGAGACCAUAACGUUCAGAAAGUUGAAACCGGCAGUGGAGGAAAUGCUCAAGAGGAAUUUGAUGGAGAAACAUCUCUCUCAAAUCAAACACAUUUAUCCUGAGGCUUUCGAGUUUUCUCAGGAGAAAUUGAAAGUCUUCGGCACUGGGAUGAAACAAGAACAGUGGGAACUGGUACUUAACCCGAAAAUCGACAACGCAGAGCACAUGAACUCCGACAUCCUCUUGAAACGCAGAAGACACCUGUACAACUCCCUGCUAGAUCUAGUGAAAAAGUACCACCAUGAAUUCCUGGCGACUCUGAGCCCUCCGAUGACCGUCGAUAAGGACAAGAUAACACGCUGGCAUCCCGAGUUCAAUAUUGAAAAGGUGCCGGAAAUCGAGUGCUCAGAACUGCCGCAGUCUCCCGCAGAAGAAAAGCUGACCACCGGCAAAGACGUGCUGGACAAGGCGCGGCAGAUGUUCAAUUGCAACACGCGGAUGGAGCAGGCGCUGCAGAGGCUCAGAGAGGCUAGAGAGGGUAACAAGGCGCCCGAGGAGGCGGAGAAGGAGGUGCCAGCGAAACCUGUAUCAGUAUUAAAAGGAAUUCCGAGCGCUUUGCUGGAAAAGGUGAGGCAAAAACAAGCUGCCAAAGCAUUAAUGUCGAUGACCAGAUCAGCCGACAAGGAAAAAGAGGUAUUGAUCUAUUCCCGAUUGCCGGAGAUCGCUAGACUAACGCGAAAUCUGUUCGUCUCCGAGAAAAAAAGCGUUCUUCCGCUAGAUGUCGUGGUGGAAAAGUUGGGAAAUUGUUAUCGCGUCCAUUUGACCAAAACCGAGAUGGAGGACCAUCUGAAAGCCAUCGCCAAAGAGGUGCCCUUGUGGUUGGUCUUUCACAAUAUACGGAAUUGUGUGUAUUUGAAACUAGCGAAAAAUUCCGAUCUCAGUGUUAUUAUUUACAAAUUGGAACAUUUGGUCAAGACCAAAAGUGAAUUAUGAUCGUUUGUGGAUACGUGUAUUUAAUUCUUAAGUAUGAAGUGUGUAAUUUAUAAUUAAUUUUUAAUCACGCGGCUAUUGCUUUUCUUUUUUGAGACAUAAUAUUAGAAAACAAUAUUUCAUUCUUGAUUUUUCUUGGGAAAAAAAAAAUGACGGGUAUUUUCGUGAAUCAAAACAACUUUACAGGAACCACAGGAUGUUCAUAUUUCAUAUGAAUGAUUCAGUUACAAUGAAAUAAAUACCCGGUAUAUGGGUUCACACAGAAAAAUUAAAUUAGCACAUCAAUGAAAUAAAAGAAAAUGAGAAAAUGCAUUUUGAAACCAUUAUUUUACUUCGUUUUCCCACGGUUUUGAAUAAUGUCCUCAUAGUGUCUGAUUCAAUGGUUGACAAAUUAAGUGCAUUCUUUUUUUCAAUAGCUAAAAUGAAUUUUGAAUAUUCUAAUUCUGAGUACCUACAAAGUGGGCCAUGCAUUAUGUAGGAAAGUAUCACUUUUUGCUCCAAAAAUACAGUUCAUCAAGCUUGACGAUGAUAUAAAAGAAAAUCCCUGGGGCCCGAUUCUCGAAUCCGUUGGAAUUCGUUCCCAUGGGAAAAACUCGAUAUUUCCCAUGGAAAUUCCAGAUGAUGUAUUCUUGAACUAUUGUAUGGGAAACUAUUCCUACACAUUUCAAGAGAACUGCUUCCCAUGGUAAUACUCAUGGGAACAACAUGUUUCCCAUAGGAUACACUCAUGAAAUACGAAGUUAUUCUCAUUUGUGAUGGGAACUGAACCCUAGUGAAAAAUCGGAAAAACAUAUGUAUUGCAAAACAUGGCGAACAUAGAUGAAAUAGAUCAUCUAGAGGCUUUACAAAAUUUGGAAGUGGCUGAAAUCCUUGCUAGAAGACUAAGAAGAAGGGGCCAUUUGAGUGUUUGUCUGCUGCACAAUUCAUUAAAGUUUUUCGUUUGUCCAAAGACAUUACUAGAAAAUUGAUAGGUACUUUAGAAUCCUUAUAAGUGAAUUGGGGGUGGAAUUUUCCUUUCCUCAAGUCCUCAGAGGCCUUCUAUUAAAGGUCUUGUCUGCUCUUUGCUAAUACUACCACCUCGUGGUUUUUUAAUAUUGUUUGUAUCCUUAUCCAUUUCGAUCAGAGGAAAUAUAGUAAAUAUACAAUACACAAUAAUCUCACAAUAGGUAGCAGAAUUAUGUUAUAUUAUAACCUUUAAAUUUGUCAAAAUCAAAAUGUCAACAUUUCAUUUCAAUCAUCCACCAGUUACCAACAUAAAUUCCACUUAUUUCAUUGGUGAAUUCAUGUAAGUUCAAGAAUCUAUCUGCGACACACGGCACCAUUUCAAUCCCCUGGGAAAAUCGAUUCCAUCUGGUUCAAUAAUAGGUGCCAUGACAGAUUAUCAUUUCCUAUGAGAACUGAAAGCAUUGGAUCAUUCUCCUAUAGGAUCGAAUUCCUACAGAUUCGAGAAUCGGAUCCCUGUUAGAAUCGAUUAUCAAAGGCACAUCUUAGUAGUCAUCAUUAUGUUUUUCAACUUUCUUGGUUUCCAAUUUUUAAAAGGAUCGUUUUAUUCCGUAUCCCAGAUGCAGAAUAUUCAUGGUUGAUAUCAAAAAUGUCAUUGACAUGCAUUUUUGUGUGUAUUUGAAAUCGACUGAAAAUUCCGAUCUCAGCUUUGAUCAAGACCAAAAGUGAAAGAUGUGUGAAGUGUGAGUUGUGAUUUAUAAUUGAUUUUUAAUCACGCGGCUAUUGUUAUUCUGUUUUUAGACAUAAAAUUUUAAAACGAU